UGCCAGCACGCAUCCGGGAAGGAUCGAUCGUCUGCCGUGGAUCGCUCCCCUAUAAAUCCAGCGCAACCAAAGACAUCGUCACAACUCGUCGACUGCACCAAUGGCCCCAAUGAAGAGGAUCUCGGGUUCGGCUGCCCUACUUGCUUGUGCUGUACUGUGCUGUGUCGUGUCCAGCCGGCUGUGUUUGGCGGGACCGAUCGGUGACGCAUCGACGGAAAAGGACGACAACGUGACGCCCAAGGAUUCAUCGGAAGAGGAUAAUGGCCAUUCACUGAACAGUCUCUACAGUCCGGCUGAGUAUGGUGCACCGUCGGUCAGUAUCAGCAGCGAAGAAGUGCUCUCCAUUAACGAAACGACCAUCAAUGGUACCAAGGAACUAUACGUGAUCAAGGCGGUUGUCUAUGAAAUUGGAAUCCUUGCCGAUGUGCCGGAAAAUGAAACGCUCGAUGGUGACGAACCAAUUACGCAUGAGCAAGUGGAUCUAUCGUUCUUCAGUCAUGGUGAAAACGGGACCCACAUCGAUUUCGGUGACAUUCCGGUACCGAUUCAAACCAGCAUCCAGGGACAGGUGUUCACGGGCAUAGCGCCAGUUCAUGUCGGUGCGGUACCGACCAAUCUGAGCGAUCUGCUGUCCGCUCUACCGAUCGCCGGUACCGUCGUUAACAUCUCGCAGAGCAACAGCUCGUUCGUGGAGCUGCACAAGCACAACAUUAGCGAUGCGGCCGUCCUGCUGGCACAUCCCGAUCUGGCCAAUCUGCCGUUUGCCAGCUCGGUCAGCGAACCCCUCGUACCGGCCAGUGUCGAUGAAACGGUUAUCGGGCUGACGGCCAGUAGCAGCACUACGUCGAAACCCCCCGAGGAGUAAGUGUGACGUCAUCGUCCAUUUGUGACCGCCAUUGUGGGUAGGGUGUGGAUGUUUUCUAAGUUAAGGACUGUUUAAGAGUGUGGCGAAGCUUGACAAACAAUAAAUAAUUUUGUGAUUUUUGAGUCAA